AUGACAGUGAAGCACUUCCAUGUGGAGUACAACAAACUGAACGAACAGGGCACGUACUCAGCGGGAGACAGCCUGACAGGACAGGUUGUCGUAGUGACCUCAAAGGAGACCAGAGUGCAGUGUUUCUAUGUGCGAGCCAAAGGCAAGGCCAAAGUAACAUGGAGCGAGGGAAGUGGACCCAACACUGUGGUGCAUCAAGACAAGAGGAAAUACUUCUACUUUGAACACAUCAUCCUUCAGGACAAGAACAAAGGAGAUGGUUCUGAAAUCAUUGGUGCAGGAAGAAAUGUGUUUCCUUUUACGUUUAACCUACCGACCACGGAUAUGCCUUCAUCCUAUCAAGGAAAAUGGGGCAGGAUUACAUACAGUUUGCGGGCCCAGCUGACACAGUCCAUUUGGGUUAUACAUAAAGCCAAGACUGAGUUCCCAUUUCGGACCAAGGCAGAGUUUCCAUUUGCAUCUAAAACUGAGAUGAUCUUAAUUGGGCUUAAGGAACAACAACAAGCAACACAGAUUUCAUUUUGUGGUGUUGGAAAAGUCACUAUGAAUGUUACCUCUGAAAAAAUGGGAAUCAGGCAAGGUGAGGCCAUGGGAGUGUCAGUGGAGGUGAUCAAUGAAUCAUCAAGAACAGUUACCCCCAACUUGUACCUGUGUGAGAAGCAGAUUUUUGUUGCCCAAUCCAAGCACAUAGUCCACACUAACAAGAUCCUGUUUGGGACGGGUGAUGCAGUGUCCCCUCAGAGCAGCCACACGGUGACCAAAGUCCUGAGCAUCCCACCUCUUCUGCCUCCAACCUUCUUCAACUGUUCCAUGAUGAAGCUGGAGUACAGGCUAAAGGUGACUCUUGAUGUGCCACAAGAACGAGACUCUGAGAUCAAGCUUCCUCUGAUCAUUCUUUUGGGUUCACCAAAACCACAGCAGCAGAAACCAAAACGCUCCAUUUGGUUUAGAAAACUUAUUGGUUAA